CCCAUCCAUCCUCACAUCUACACCAACGGCCACAUCUGCCUCAGCAUCAUCUAUGACGACUGGUCGCCUGCCCUUGGGGUCGAGGCGGUGUGCCACAGCAUGAUCAGCAUGAUGAGCAGCGCCAAGGAGAAGGAGCCUCCAGCAGACAACGAGAUGCAUCUGGACGCUGGUCAGAGCGGCUCAGCCAAGAAGGUGAACGCAUUGCUGGGCUCCUGCUGA